AUGACGUAUUCCGCCUUUCCAACUCGGCAGGGUUACAGGUGGCCGGCGCGGUGGGCCGUUGCACGUGACCCGGCGCCACUCGCGCGCGCACCGCGGACCGGACCGCUUCGAAAUUCGAACGCCUCAGUUAACCGUCCAAUAUUUGAAUUUUUCCGUUCCAAUACUUUAGUUUUGAAGUGCCAGUGGAAAACAAUUGGAUUUUGUAACUGUGAUAUCCUUUCAAGUACAGGUAGUGAGGUGCGAUCUGUGGCUGUGGUCGUGUAA